UAAAAACAAGCUAAUCUGAAUGUUUGACCUUAAUCAUAGACAUAACCCAAACAUUUACAUUACCAAUUUAUUAUACAACUACAAUUUAGAUAAAUUUAAUCCUCUCUUACCCACUCAUUCUACACAUUUAAGUAAAGACUGCUAUUCACAGUAGCUGUAGUUAAAUUCCAUAGUUAAGAUGCUUUGGAUUGCAAUUUUUCUUUUGGAAUUUCUAGCAAGAACAAUUGGUGCGAGUAAAGAGACCAAUAACUAUGGAUCUUGCUACAGAGAAUGUGAUACAGUACCAAUGACAUGUGAAUAUGAGUUUAACAUCACAUUAGAAACUACAAUGAACAUGAAUUGUUUAAACUGUCCUUUUGUUGCUGAAGAUUGUCUAAAUGAAGGAUGUAUAACAGCUGGAGGUAAUAUCAAGACAGUUACUGUGGCAAAUUAUAUGAUUCCUGGGCCUCCGAUAGUGGUUUGCGAAAAUGAUACAGUUAUUGUAAAUGUACAAAACAUGCUUUUAACUGAUACCAUUUCGAUUCACUGGCAUGGAAUCCAUCAGGUAGGAUCAUUUUUUAUGGAUGGAUUGCCACAAAUUUCUCAAUAUCCAAUUUUUCCUCUUGACAGAUUUGUUUAUAAUUUUACAGCCUCUCCUGCUGGAACUCAUAUGUGGCAUAGCCAUUCAAGUUUCCAAGAAUCUGAUGGUUUAUAUGGAGCUUUUAUCGUAAGACGCAAAGAACCUAUAUCAGUCAGUUCACUUUAUGAUUUUGAUCUACCUGAACAUAUAAUAACUGUUUGGCACUGGUAUGAUCGGCCUACAACGGAUGUCUUGACUUCAAUAUUACAUAGAAAUGGUUCUGUUAAUGGAUAUGGACUUCUGAUAAAUGGAAAAGGAGGUCAUGUAAAGUUUCACAUAAAUAAUACGAUUAUAACAACACCAAGAGAACAGUUCAAUGUUAAGAAGGGUUUCAGGUACAGAUUUCGAUUGAUUCAUAACAGUGCUAUAUAUUGUCCCAUCCAAAUGUCAAUAGAUAAGCAUACGAUGAAAGUGAUAGCAAGUGAAACAUCAUUCAUUGAGCCUUUGGAAGUUGACACCUUAAUGGUUGGAGCAGGGGACAGAUUUGAUUUUGUACUGAAAACAUUUGAAAACGAGGGUUGCUACACAAUGAGAUUUAGAGCAAUAGGAGAUUGUGGAGAAGAUAAAACUAAAGUUAAUGAGAUUGCAUUUCUUUGCUAUGAUAACAGUUCCUUGCCUUCAUUCUAUACUCAUUCUUAUGGGGAAGCAGACAGGAAUGGGAUACUCCUCAAUCCAAAUGAAGUUGCAACUUAUGAUUAUUCAAACAAGUCUCUGGUUUUCCUUACCGACUUGAAUUCCACUGAAAAUGAACAAAAUAUUUUUUCUGGAGAACCAAAUGUUACCCUUUAUGUCCAAAUCCAUUCUAGAAACUAUGAUAGUGCUAGAUUUCCUGGUGCUUGGCAUCAGUUUGAUAACAUCAGCUUUAUGUAUCCUGGUGUAUCAUUUUUGGAAAAUAAGUUUGAAAGCCCAGAAGUAUGUACACGUGAAAAUAAAGACAAAUUUUGUCAGGAUGAUUUCUGUAAAUGUACUUAUUUACAGAAACUACCAAAAGAUUCUCUAGUUGAAAUUGUUUUUGUUGAUAUUACUCUGAAUAGAAAUCAAGAUCACCCAGUUCACUUGCAUGGAUACAAAUUCUACAUUCUCAGUAUGGGACUUCUAGGAACCAAUGAAACAUUAGAUGAUAUAAAAUAUAAGAAUGAAAAUGAUUUAAUAACAAAAAAUUUGAAAAAUCCUGUGUCUAAAGAUACAGUUUCAGUGCCAAAUAAGGGAUACGCAAUUGUCAGAUUUUUAGCUAAUAAUCCAGGAUUUUGGCUACUUCACUGUCACAUAACUAAUCAUAUGGAACUAGGAAUGGCUAUGAUUUUGCAAAUCGGAUCACCUGAAGAGAUUCUAACCAUGUGUCAUAAAGCUCAACAAUGUGGCCCAUGGUAUAAAGGAAGCAGUGUGGAAUUAAAAAACCAAAGCUUUAUUUUAACCUUAGCAUUUUCUAUUAUUGUAUUUUAUUUAAGUUAAUAGAUGUUAUUUGACUUAAAUAAAUUUAAUAAAAUAAAUUAUUUUUCUUUUAUAAUUUGAUAAAUAUAAAUAAAUUGUAAAAAAAGAAAUAUCAAUUUCUCAAAUGCCUUCAGAAAUAAUUUGCCUCUAUUGCAUUUCUUGUUAAUGACAAUAGCUAUUGCAGGUAUACUCACUAUAGUAGCUUAUCUCAUGCCUAUAGUUCAAACCUAAGAGAAAGAUAUUGCAAAAAA